AUGGAGAAACUCCUUAAUAUUUUGGAAAUGAACAACCACGACACAAACGCGCUAUUUACCGACACAGAGCUUCUUGAUAUGGAGUAUAAUACUAGUAGUUGCCCAGAGUUGAACGAUAGCGGGAUGCUAACAAGUGGAUAUGUCUUAGCCGGAUUCGAAAAUCCAUUUAACAGUCCAUUUGUAAGAGUGGUGUUCAUCACGUGUUAUACAGUUGUUUUCGUGUUUUGUGUUGUUGGAAACCUUAUGGUGUUGAUUGCUAUUGCCCGAAGCCCACGAUUGAGAAGCAUAACAAACUUCUUCCUGGCUAACUUGGCGGUAGCAGACUUUUGUGUGGGAAUCUUCUGUGUACUUCCGAACCUCUCCACGUUUCUCAACCCAACAUGGGUACUUGGCAAGGUUACGUGCAAAGGCUAUUACUACAUUUGGAACGUCAGCUAUAUCGCCAGCAUCUUUAUAUUGACGGUCAUCGCGAUAGAACGUUACGUGGCCAUCAUGUACCCACUCAAAGCAAGACAUAUUAUGACACGUACUCGUGUGAAAACAAUUCAGAUAUGCAUUUGGAUAAUUGCGUUUCUAUACAAUAUACCGUAUGCGAUUUUAUAUGAUACUCUAUCAGUUGGUAAAGACGAGUUUUGUUAUGCGACAGAGGAGAACGAGAUUAAAUUAAAAUGGCUGAGUGUUGCGACUGUGGUGUUAUGGUAUAUCAUACCUCUGUUUGUCAUUGUAAUCUUGUACUAUCGAAUAGCUCGAGCGCUUUGGAAAACACAGGUAGUUUCAGCUCUUCGACUUAGUACACCCCACGAUAACGAUAUACGGUGUGUGAUUACUUCGUCAUCGUUUUCUCCAUCUUUGGAGCACAACGUUUAUACACGAGAAACAAACUUGAGUAGCAAAAGUAGUCAUUCGGAACGUUCAAACUUGAAACAAGUAAAGGAGAGAUAUCACCUCGUGCACGUGUCUAGUACAAGAAGGGUAGCAAAAGCAAGACAAAAAGUGAUCCGACUUCUUCUAUGUGUCGUUGUAACAUUUGCUGUAUGUGUGUUUCCUCACAUGAUGAAAGUGAUGGAUCAUUACUGGGCAAUGUUUAAUAUAUCUCAUUCAGCGAUGCUCAUAUUAUCACCAAUAUCCUCACAGCAUCAUGGAACCACCUCCGAAGUUAUCCAGUUUACUGGACAGUUCUCAUUGUUCCUCUCACCCCGACAGCGAUAUACGCGAGCACGCCUGUCAUUCCCACGUAGUGUCUCAUCAACAAAUAAAACAUUGGCCCAGACCGCCAUUGUAAAUCGCAAAUGUCGCCUAACCCACAAUAAUCUUGCCUGCCUGUGCCUUGUGGUAAGAAUCGGAACUCGCAGGGAACGACGGCACCGCAAGCCGUCGGCUCUCAGGCGAGUGCGCACUGUCUGUGGGUAG